AUGGCUAGACAAAUAAAAAAAAGUAGUAACAAACGUAAAAAAAAUGCUAUAAAUGGCAUAACACAUAUAAAAUCUACAUUUAACAAUACAAUUGUAACUAUUACAGAUUUAAAAGGAGAAACUAUAUCUUGGUGUUCAUCAGGCGCUAGUGGUUUUAAAGGAGCAAAAAAAGGCACACCUUUUGCAGCACAAACAGCUUCAGAAAAAGCAGCUAAACAAGCUAUAGAACAAGGCCUUAAACAAACCGAAGUUAUGGUUAAUGGUCCAGGUGCAGGAAGAGAAACAGCUAUUAGAGCAAUACAAGCAACUGGUAUCGAAAUAACUUUAAUAAAAGAUAUAACACCUGUACCACAUAAUGGAUGUAGACCACCUAAAAAACGAAGAGUAUAA